UAGUCGAAGGACUUAUGCAAAGUGAUGUGGGCGUUGGCUUCCUCCAGAGUUCCUUCCAAACACCACCGCUCAAACAGAUAAAAGGAGAUCCGAAAGGAGGGGAGAGAGGAGAGAGAUUAUAGAUUUCUGAGAGUUGAAGAUGGAUAGAGAUAAUGUAAAAGUUGAAGAUGGAGGCACAAAGGCAGAUAAGGAACUGGGUUGGGGAAAAUCUUUACCGGUACCAAGUGUCCAAGAGAUGGUGAAGAAUGAUUCUGAGAGUGUUCCUGAAAGAUAUAUAAAAGAAUACCAAGACAGGCCAAUAGAUUCCACCCUCUCUCCCAAUAUGUUCGACAAUAUCCCAGUCAUAGAUUUCUCUUUGCUUGUUAGUGGAGAUGGAGAUAAGCUAAACAAGCUAGAUUCUGCGUGCAAGGAGUGGGGUUUCUUCCAGCUAAUAAACCAUGGUGUGGAAGUAGAGGUUUUAAACAGUAUGAAGGCUGCUGUGGCAGCAUUUUUUGAUCUCCCACUUGAAGAGAAAAAGAAGUAUGCAAUGGCUGAGAAUGAUAUUCAAGGAUAUGGCCAAGCAUAUGUGGUUUCAGAACAUCAAAAGCUAGAUUGGUGUGAUAUUUCAUUCUUGAUAACUCAACCACCCGAAUAUCGAAACUUCAAGUACUGGCCCACCACAUUACCAGGCUUCAAAGAGGCAGUCGAUGAAUACUCGAAAGAAGUAGAGAGAGUGACUGUGGCGAUCUGUGAAUGUCUUUCACGAUUGAUGGGUUUGGAUAAACAUGGUUUGAAAAGGUUGCAUGGAGUAAUGAAACAAUCAAUGAGACUGAACUACUAUCCGCGGUGCUCCAGGACUGACCUUGUUCUUGGUGUUAGUCCACAUUCUGAUGCAGGAUCCAUGACCUUUCUUCUGCAGGAUGAUGAGAUCACUGCUCUACAAAUCAAGUACAAGGAAAGAUGGCUUCCCGUAAAGCCAAUUCCAAAUACAUUGGUCGUCAAUGUCGGUGAUGCUCUUGAGGCUUGGAGCAAUGGGGUUUACAGAAGCAUUGAGCACAGAGCUGUUACGAACACCAAAAAAGAAAGAAUUUCCAUUGCAGCAUUCGUACUUCCAGAUGAUGAGGUUCAAAUUGGUCCUGUGGACUCAAUGAUGGUUGAUCGGCCAAGACUGUACAGAAAUGUUAAGUUUCUGGAUUACCUUAAACACUUUUUAGACAAGAAUUUGGAUGGAAAAUCUCACACCAGCUUUCUCAAGUUAGAAAAGGAGUUAUGAAUUCUGGUUGCUUUUUCUUUUUUUUCUUUUUUUCUUUUUUUUUUUUUUUUUUCCUUUUUCCUACUUUGUGUCUAGUGCUAGCAUGUAAAAUAUGGAGAUAGAAGACAUAUUUAACAAUAAUAGAAUGAUACAUCAUAUAAUGUUAUUAUUUUA